UUUUAGGGUCUUUCUUUUUGCUCUGUUCGAGCUGCUGCCAUUUUGUCUGUUCCUUAUCUCUCGAUAUCUGACUGCUAGGAGGUUGAUGCCUCCUGGGUGGCGCGCUGAGAAUGCCUAAGUCAAAGGAACUUGUGUCUUCAAGCUCAUCUGCCAGUGAUUCAGAUAGUGAAGCUGACAAAAAGGCCAAGCGGAAAAAGCAAGCAGCUCCAGAAAAGCCUGUAAAGAAACAAAAGAUGGGUGAAAGCUCGAAAGGUGCCGCUUCUAAGCAAAGCAGUAACAAAGAUGAGAAUAUGUUUCAGAUUGGCAAAAUGAGGUAUGUCAGUGUUCGUGACUUUAAAGGGAAAGUCUUAAUUGAUAUUAGAGAGUAUUGGAUGGAUCAAGAAGGUGAAAUGAAGCCGGGCAGAAAAGGUAUUUCUUUAAAUCCAGAACAGUGGAACCAGCUGAAGGAACAGAUUUCUGAUAUUGAUGAUGCAGUAAGAAAACUUUAAAGAUAACCAUACAGAAAUCUUUAUCAUUUCAGUUGUUUUAAGCAGUCUUUUUACAUUGGAUUUUGUUUUCUAAAAUAGUGUUUUCAAAGCUAUUGUAUAUUUGGUUUGCAAAACAAUUUGUAAGGUGAAUACUUUUUUUAUGUGCAUUUAAAGUGUAUUCUGAGUGAGGCUAUUUGUGUAUACUUUACGAAAAGGAAAUGUGUUGCUUUCACCUCAUGGUGUAAAAUAAAUCAAGUAAUAUGUAAAGCGUAGUUGUUAUGGCCUUUUGAUUGAAGAUGUUUGCUGGUAAGGCCACCUAUUGGCUUUAGGCUUUGUUUCAGUUCAGUUGUUUGUUUCCUAAGGAGAAUUUUAAAAUGUCUUCAUUUAAAUUGUUUUUGUUUCAUACCCUUUGGUAUUGUCCUCAGCUUUCUGCAUUAAAACUUGAUACAAACAGUGAAUACCUGAUGAAACACAUUUUUGUAGAUAAUUUUAAAUACUGUAUUUGCUAAUUUUCCCUAUUUAUUCAGAUGUAAACAGUUCUGAGUAUAUAGACUUUUUUGCGUUAUUUGCAUAGAGUGUUAUGCUAAACAGUAACACUUGAACACCAUCCACACACUGUUCCCACUUUUCUAUAGCUUGUUUGACUUAGAAAAUACAAUUAGCCUUUAUUCAUGGACCCUAGAUUUUAGAAUGUGAUGCAUAAACUUUUACAUUAAUAGGCAUAUACCUCAGAGUAAGAUAGUGUUUAAAAUCUCCAAACUUGGUUAUUAUUUAGGUACACUUUUCAAGCUUUGCAUUAAAUUCAUUUUUGAACACAUACUCUGAAUAGUUACUCCAUAGAAAAUAGCAGUUGAUCUGCUUUUGUAGGGCUUUUGUUUGUUUGAGAGUACUGUGUAAACAACAGCGCUUAAAAUAGGCUGUAACACAGGUUAAACAGUCAUACAGGGUUAAAAUUGCUUUGACCAAAACAGGCUAUAAUGCUUUUUUCCCUGUCCACACUACCUGACCAAACCAUUUGGCUUGCCUUGUGUGGCUUACAUGUGCAUAACUGGUGGAUCUUUAGUACAGAAGGUAUGUAGUGCUUACAGUGGAGUGCUGGUACCUAGUGGAUCCACAACUAGUGAACUUUGCUUGUCUACCAGUGUAUGUUCUGAGGAGAGAAGCUUCUGUCCAGUGGAAAUUUUAUUGGACUAGAUGUUGCCUCAGCUGAAGGGAGAUCUUGGUAGGUGUCGUGAGGUUGUGGAACGAAGAAGGGAGAAUGUGUUCAAGUAGAACUUGGAGAGUGAAUGGGCACUCCAGUAAAGAAAUUAACGUCGAAAGCACAAAGUUAGCUGACAUAACUACAGUGAAGAAACUUAUCACUAGUAGAAGUGGAGAACAGUUCAUUUUAUGACUUAAUAGAAGGAAGAAGAUGAAACAACUUUAUGAAAAUUGACAUUUCAAAACUGAAUGUACAAUUUAUUGGUUCAGCUGUAAUUUUCCCAUUUGAUGGUAAAUUUAAUUUUUUUUUUUAUUUUGUAUAAACAGGAUUUACUGUUUAAUUCUGGGAUAUCUUAAUAUAAUGGCUUAUAUUGCAGACAUACGUGGAAGUCCUGUUCUGCAAAGUGCCAUACACAGACUGUUCCCAUGCUGCAGAGUUCAUAAUUCAAUACAAAUGCUAUAUGAAGGGUGAGGGAAGGUGAAUUCAUUGAAUUAAGUAUAUAUUGUUUAACUUAAAUAUUAUAUUAGAUACUUCCAUCUACUUUUUAACUUACCAGUUCUUGAGAUAGUUCAAAGUUAAGAUCUCUUUUUGUAUAGCCCAGGAAAUCUGAGUUUGAGAGCUAAGAGAGGAUGAAUAGAAGGGUGAAGAGAUGUAUUGUGGUAGCUGACACGUUUUGGGGCACAACUUCCUUUGAGUGACUACUAAUGGCAUGUAGGGACACUUGGACCAAAUAGUAUAAAUGAAAUAUCUGCUAGAAUUUCUCAGAUCAGUGAAUCAAAUAAAUUGCUUUAGAUCGCUAUUGACAGGUUCUAGGUCUUUUUUUUAUUUGCAGUGUAUCUGUAUUUUUUCUUUAAAUCUGACUGCAACCAGAUUUCAACUUUUUACCUCAAAACUUCCAUGUGGCUACUUUAAAGUGCAUGAUUGUCAUAAUAGUGGGAACAUUAUCAUAAAUUAGAUUGCUGUGAUAGGAGGUCAUUAGAUGGCAGUUGUGUAUCAGAGUACAAUAUAACUGUGUUCAGAAAGGUGGAGAAUUAAGUUAAUUCAUUUUUGGAGGGUAAGUGAAAAAACUUUAAUAUAGUGAUUAGUUCUGUUGUGAAAACUGAUGGUAGAGAUGUUCAAAUAAAUUAGUAUUUGUUAAUCAAGAGCUAUUAGUAAGGGGGUUAUUUAUAAGAACUGAAUUUGUGGAGAUAAUUGCUAGAGCUGUUUAUCCUAUUUUACUUGAUAAAACUUUUUUAUUUUACUUAGAUUGUGUGUGGAAAAUAGUUUUCUCUCUGAUGGGUAUAUAUUUCUGCCUGUAAUACUGAUUGAAAUAUAUUUUACUUGUGCCGGUUUUAACAUCUGCAUGUCCUACAAAAAAGAUAACUAGAUAAACCAGUCAGUUUCACAAAUGAGCUCCAAAUAGAACACUAAUUGUGAGGAAGUUCUUUGCACCUCAACUAACUGAUGGUUAGUUGACAUAAAUUUGACACUUUGUGUUAUUUUGAAAUUAAUGGUUGUGAUUUGUCAUGUGUUGUCUAUGGCUGUAGUUUUCCUAAUUUGAGAAGAAAAUUCAAUUUUCUAAUACAGAUUAUUUUCUUGCAGGAAAAAAAGUAGUAGUUAGGAUACACGUAGAAGUGUCCAUGGAAGAAAACUGCAUGUAUGAAAAGACUAAUAUGAGAUAAAAAUAAAUGCUGCUCCCUUUCCCUAUGAAGUUGCAAAAGGAAAAAAUAAAAGAUGCAUUUGGUUCUUGAUAUUUAUGCACGGCGUAUUGGCAAUGUUUUAUAAUUUACACCUACUAUGGAGUAUAGGAAGAAACAUGCAUCAGAGUUAGAGCUGCCAAAGUACCGUAUGUAUGCUAAAUCAAACUGUUAUGUAUGAUGUUGCUCUUAUGUAGAGACGUUCAUAUUGAAAUUAAACAAAUGUAGUACUGAGUUUGAUAUUUCUGUUAAAGGAAAUGCCCCAGUAACGUACUUAUGUGAUCUGUUAUAAAAAUAAAAAAUAA